AGUAUUCAGUCCCACAGAAAGGCCUUCAACCAAUUGCUCAACCUUUUUGGAGAAGUCCAAGUCUUUAAUUUUGGAUGGAGAGCAGGAUCAGACCGCUUUCUAUGGCCGGACACCCCACAGGGCCGCUUGGAGGACUCCCGAUGGCCCCUUCCCUCCUGCGUCACCCACCUCUUUUUCUCCGCGCCUGCAACCCUACUCUGGAGAGGGGCUACCCGAGGACCCCGAAGUGCGCCCGCUGUAGAAACCACGGCGUCGUCUCGGCACUGAAGGGCCACAAGCGCUUCUGCCGCUGGAGAGACUGCGUGUGCGCAAAGUGCACCCUGAUCGCGGAGCGGCAGCGGGUGAUGGCGGCGCAGGUGGCACUCAGGAGGCAGCAGGCUCAGGAGGAGAACGAAGCGCGGGAGAUUCGUCUUAUGUACCCUGCCCCAGGAGGGCAGGCGGGGAUCAGUCAGGGGCCCGCAGUCGGGCGCGGAGUGCCAGCGGCGAGCGGCAACACGCCACCAGCUCCAUGUUUUGACGUUUUUGGCGCUCAGAACCAUAAAGAGGAUGACAAAGUGAGCAAAUACAGCAUUUGCAGUGGAUUUUUGGGUCAGCCACUCUUUAUGCCCCUGAAUGCGCGGGUGCCUUCUCCAAGUGACAGAAAGGAUCUGUCUCCCAGCAAGGACAACUCUUCACUUGCCAGUGAUAGUGGAAGUCCGUCACCACCAUCUGAUCAGCUCUCAGAUAACACUCAGAGUCCACAGAGGUCACUUUCAUCCUCUGAUCCAGAGUCCGGCAGCGAGUCAGAGAAACCCAAAGAUUUCCCGAAUCUGGACCGUGACCCUGCUGACAUCAUGGCCAAGAUCUUCCCCCAUAAGAAGCGGGACGCCCUGGAGUCCAUGGUGAGAACAUGUAAAGGCGACAUUGUGAAAUCCAUCGAGUUGGUCCUGAACUCUAAGGAGAAAAAAACCGACACUGGCAGUUCAUCUCCCUCUCGUGUGCAGAGCUCAGCGUUCAAGCCUGCAGCCGGACUGCCAGGAGCUCUCGGUUCUUCAGGAAGCAAGUCUGCCUUCUCCCCUCUCCAUGUCCACCCAGCUCCUGGAGGGGACACCCUCUAUGGGCUUAGUCCUCACCUUGGUGUGAGCCCCCUGCGUCUGGCCUACUCCUCUGCCAACAGUGCUCUGGGCGGAUUCAUGUCCCCGUACAUGACAUCAGGACUGAUGCCGCUGCUGACCCUGCGUCCACAAUUGGACUCACAUUCUUUCCCAGGAAUGAUCAGAGACUUUUCUUACAUCCAGAAUAAGGAUUCCCUGUGCAGUACGACAGGCCCCUACACACGACUGAACAAUAAUAAAUAAUAGCCCUAAAAUAAUAACACACGAUAGAUGAUUUUUGUCCAGUUUCUGUUUUCCUGCUGAACAAUGUAAGUGAAAUUGUACAACCGAGUUAAACAUUUGCUUGUAAUUGUGUAAAGUCUGUAUGAAAUUGUUUAAUUGUAAUA